AUGCCAGCGCCGGGCCGGGGCCCUCGGGGACCGCUGCUCACCAUGCCCGGGCGCCGGGGGGCGCUGCGUGAGCCCGCGGACUGCAGCUCGGGCUUGGGGGCGGCGCUGGCCCUGCUGCUGUUGCUGCUGCCGUCCUGCUGUCCGGUGCGGGCGCAGAACGACACGGAACCCAUCGUGCUGGAGGGCAAGUGCCUGGUGGUGUGCGACUCCAGCCCUUCGGCGGAUGGCGCGGUCACCUCCUCUCUGGGCAUCUCCGUGCGCUCAGGCAGCGCCAAGGUGGCCUUCUCUGCCACGCGGAGCACCAACCAUGAGCCGUCGGAGAUGAGCAAUCGCACCAUGACCAUCUACUUCGACCAGGUUUUGGUUAACAUUGGCAACCACUUUGAUCUGGCCUCCAGUAUAUUUGUCGCACCGCGGAAGGGGAUCUAUAGCUUCAGCUUCCAUGUGGUCAAAGUGUACAACAGACAAACUAUCCAGGUCAGUUUAAUGCAAAAUGGCUAUCCAGUGAUCUCUGCAUUUGCUGGAGACCAGGAUGUUACCAGGGAAGCAGCCAGCAAUGGCGUCCUCCUGCUCAUGGAAAGGGAAGACAAAGUGCAUCUCAAACUGGAGAGGGGCAACCUCAUGGGGGGCUGGAAGUACUCCACGUUCUCAGGCUUCUUGGUUUUCCCUCUAUAGACACAGAGCUUCUUUGGAUGGUGGGGAUGGCAGCAAUCACGACCCAGGAAUCCACCCUCCAUCCCACCCUGAACUUGCCCAAACAUGACGACUUAACCUCCACCUCCUGUAGAUGGUUGCGGCAGAAGAAUGUCUUCUUUCUGAAGCUUCACUGUUUUCUUCAACUACUGACGGUUCCUCGGGAUCCUGGCCUCUAACUAGUUCUAGAAGACAAGGUCUCCAGGAGAAAUGAGAGUAUCACAUUGAGCAAUUUGUACCUGUGAUUGUAAAGUCAAUUAUCGGAUUCUAUCGUCGGGACCAUUGACUUACCUUCUUCUGUGUGAACGUUGUAUCCUUGUCUGGAUGGCCGGCCAGAGCUGCUGAUGGAAUUGCACGUUGCGAUCAGGGCUCCAAGCAAGAGCCCAGCAAAGAGCCACGCGCUGGACAGUUGUAGCCCUGUGUUCUGUGUGUGUCUGUAUAGCCUUAAGAAAAAGAAUGGCUUCACUAUUAUUCUAUAUCUUUCCCUUAGGAGGACGGGAGGACUUGGGAGGGAGCUGGGCACUGUGAACUGGUCAAGAAGUGCUUUAACCAGAGGAGCAAAAUUUGCACGAUUGGAUUGAAAUUUUGUUUUGUACUGUGAGGGAGUUAAUUUUUCUUUUGUUUUUCUUUUUUGUCAAGAAUCUUUAUUUUUCUUUCCACACUGAGCUUUUACCCCCCCCCCCCCCCAUGUCUACUGUUGGUUUUCAUGCUGGGUGGCAAGAGAAAAAUGAGUCAGUGGAUGAGAUUGAACAACAGCAAAAGGCGAGAUCUGCACAAUUUGUUUUGGAUAAGACUAAACUUGGUAGAAAAGAUCUUUCUAUCAGAGCAAAUGGACGGUUCUCUUUCCAAAAGAUGUUCUCAAAUGUACCUUUGAAACUUGCAACCUGGAUUUUAAUUUAAUUUAUUAUUUUUUUUUUUAAAUUUACACUCUGGGAUCCUUUAAGAACCUGGAAUUCCUGGGUAGACCUGAAUUAUAUAACUGUGAAGCUGCAAUGACCAAAUUCCCUGAGCGCUGUCUAUGUGAGUAUGUUUCAGCGGUGAGUCGGAGCCAUCAGUGUUCAACCGCAAAGUGAUUGGAUGUUUCCAGGAAACAUGGCUAGCACGUCUUUCUCAAUAUCUUCUUUUGAUCUGCCAAGGAGAGGGAAGUGUUGACUCUCUCCUGUGUGUAUACCUGGCUGGAGGCCCCCUGGAUUUGAUAGCGGUUAAAGGUACUGGCCGCUAUACCCCAGGAGUGGUUUGGUCCAACCCUGCUUGUUUUGGCACUUUGUUCAACAGUGUUAUUAAGAUGCAGCUGAGAUUCAUGACGAAGGAUCUGUGUGCCAAGGAAAUGUCACUAAUCCCAAAGCAAUCAAAAAAUGUGACCUCAAACCGGAUGUGAAUUUGUCCUUUGUGUAACAAUGUAACCAAAAUAUUGAUGAUAAAAUCUCAUAAUUUAAGAUUCAGAAUAAAUGGGUUUGAUGUCUGA